GAUUCCCUUCCCACAGCAGCGGCAAUCCAUAAACAGGAGUAUUAGUCUACUUGCGUCUUUCUGUAUCAACCAGCAGUCCUAAUGCCUUUGGCAUGUAGCAGAAAAGUGGGGAAAGAGCCUGAGCCCUCGUGUUAUCUGGAGUUUGAAAAGAGUCAAAUUAUUACCUUCAGGGGAUACCCUAGUGAGGAAUAUGAAGUGACAACAGAAGAUGGAUAUAUCCUUUCCAUUAACAGAAUUCCAUACGGAAGAAAAGGUUACGGGAGGAACAAAGAUCCAAAGCCUGCUGUAUUUCUGCAGCAUGGUUUGCUUGCAGAUGGCAGUAACUGGAUCACAAACUUGGAUUACAACAGCCUUGGCUUUAUGCUGGCAGAUGCUGGUUAUGAUGUGUGGCUAGGGAACAGCAGAGGGAACACCUGGUCAAGGAAACAUACACACUUCACAGUGAAGCAAGAAGAAUUCUGGAUUUUCAGCUUUGAUGAAAUGGCUAAGUAUGACAUUCCAGCCUUUGUGGACUUUAUUUUGAAGAAAACUGGCCAGGAACAAGUAUUUUAUGUUGGCCAUUCACAAGGCACCACAAUGGCUUUCAUUGCUUUUUCAACUCUACCAAACCUAGCUAAGAAAAUCAAAAUGUUCUUUGCCUUGGCACCAGUAGCUACGAUCAAGUUUGCCACUAGUCCUCUGGUAAAAUUGGGAGUGUUUCCUGACCUGCUGCUCAAGGAUAUGCUUGGAAAGAAACAAUUCCUUCCUCAGAAUUCCUUGCUGAAGUGGCUUGCUACCCAUGUUUGCACUCACAGACUUCUUGAUGACCUUUGUGGCAACAUAUUCUUUCUUCUGUGUGGUUUUAAUGAGAGAAACUUGAAUAUGAGCCGAGUGGAUGUGUAUUCAACGCACUGUCCUGCAGGCACAUCUGUACAAAACAUGAUCCACUGGAGCCAGGCUGUAAGAUCUGGGGAACUCAAAGCUUAUGACUGGGGAAGCAAGGCUGCAAAUAUGGCUCACUACAACCAGUCGACCCCCCCUUUCUACAAAAUAAAAGAGAUGACUGUGCCAACUGCUGUGUGGACUGGUGGACAGGACUGGCUGGCAGACCCAAAGGAUGUUGCCAUGCUGCUUACUCAGAUCACAAACUUGGUUUACCACAAAAACAUUCCAGAAUGGGAACAUUUGGAUUUCAUCUGGGGUCUUGAUGCACCUUACCGCAUGUAUAACGAAAUAAUGAACUUGAUGAGGAAAUAUCUCUAAACCUGCUGGUAUUUCACAAGGGUUAGUUCAUCAGAAAUUCAUCUUUCUGUAGCUUGUGCUUUUUUGGCAGUGAUGCUACAUUGUUUAUUUAUGAUGCAUUUUUAAAAUGCCAGCAAUGACUACUGAAUCGCAUUCAUAUUUGGUUUAGUUUUCUCAGUAUUACUGCUCUCUCCUGCAGAAGUCCUCAUUGUUUCCUGCUGAUUUUGCACACAGUGGCAUAAUGCUUAGAAAACACCCGUUUAACUUUGCACAAAAGGAGUAUUUCAUAUGCAUAUAGAUUGAGUGACAUGUCUAAAAGACAAGUUAGUCCACUCAGCACCUCAGGUGCUUGAAAAUUCAAACAAUUAGUAUUUUGCUAUGCGUAAAGCACUGUCAUUUCUCAGUAUAUUGUCAUUUCCAAGUACCUGUUAGAGGUUUUCCUUGUACUGCAGUGAUCCCAUUUGGUGCUGGUACUUUAAAAAGCACUUAGCAACUUUUUUCUGUUAUUAUUUUAGCCAUCUCUUACAAGCUAGCUAAAUCAAAUUACUUUCUUUUUGAAUGUAGCCCAGAAGAACUGUCGUGAAGCCAGACAAUGUCACUACUGCUAAUUGAAAUCUAUUUUGGGACUGAUUAAUUACUGUAUUUUUCUUGCUUUUGAUGGCGUCCCUGAAGCCGUUCAUGUUUCACAUACCAGCUAUGGAUAAGGAUUGUUGUUUGCCCUUGCAUAUUCCUGGAACAAGCCAAAUAGUUGAGAGAAAUACCACUUUUUGUUAGCUCUGUCAAUAGAUUAUGAGUUUCAAGGAGAAUAAUGUAACAUACUGGUGUUUUGUUUGCACUGGUAAAACGAUCACUAGAAAACAAGAUUCCCCCCAGUAUCCUGCUGGCCAGGGAGGGUCCAAAGCAGUUAUUUUGUGACUCAGGUGGCUUCGUUUGUAAGGACUUCCCUCUUAAUCAGCUGCUGUUUUGAAGAUCUGUUUACCUUUUAGCUGCUUAUGUGGUGCUUGUCACCAUUUGUAUUCAGAUACCUCAGAACACCUUGGUAAAACCUGACAGUAUUAGUCUCAUUUUCCAUUUGUCUCAGUUUCCACCUUAAAUGGAAUAUGGCUAAGCCCCCCACUUAAAGGGAGGAAAGGAUUCAUCUCUGCUUCAGGAUUCUGACUUUGGAAGCUCUCACUGUCUCUGGCAUAGGUGCCUUGCUCUUUCCAGUGACCUUGUGGAGCGCUUAGGCUUGUAACUUGCAUGCAAUUCAAAAGAGCCAAGUGUAAAAGGUAUGAGGAAUCUCCUGAGUGAGUUGUCUUAGUCCAAAUCAUAAUUUCUGUGCCAUAGCUGGAGUUCAACCCAGAUCUCUGUCCAUAAUCCUAACAGGAAGAACAGUCUUUUCUGCAUGGCAUGGCAAAUAGUGCAUUUUUGACUGAGACAGAUUUUUUUUUUGGUAAACAAAUUGCAAAAAAGUGCAUAAGCCAUAAAUUAAGUUUGUGGGUUUUUUUUUUUUUUUUUUUUUUUUUUUUUUUGCUUCUAAUCCACACUCAGGGAGUCCUCAGGUUUCAUUUAAGUUGUGAUUCCUACUAGGACCUUUAAGUUCGCUUUUUAUUUGUAGCAGCCGUACUUGCUUCAUAUUGCUGUGCUGAAAAGAAGUCUCUGUAGGAAUCCAAAGUGGCUAAAACAGCAGUUGUAACAGUAUGUGAUAUAGCAAGAGCUACGUGCGUAAUGUUUAUUACGCUUGAGAUAUUUUCAAUAAAUCUGGAAGUCCUGCUUGGA